UGACAUGUGCCACCUUUCUUUUGCUUUUUCUAUUUGUAGAAGGAAUCACUGUCGCUGCUUACCCCAACCCAAGUGGCACAAUUGACAUUGACCUCUGGGGCAUUGAAUGACACAGAUGACAUUAAACUUGUGUUUACGCGGCUGGAGGAAGGUGACGCUUUCAAAAAUGUUGACGAGUUUCUGACGCAACUGACCGCAAAGGAAGAGAUUCCUGACAUCCAUCCAGCCGUGAGAGAUGUGAUGAUGAAUCAGACGUUCAACAUCAUCAGCCUUCAAUUCCCAGAGUUCGAAACGCUGGACUGGAUUGCAUGGUUCGAAGUAAAGCUGAUUCCCAUCCUCCCCAGUUUGAAUGAAGUCAUGCUCACCAUUGCUACCUCAAACGUCAACUGCACCAACUACCAAGUCAUUGUAAAUGGAAUGGACAGAGCUUUCCCUGAAAUGACUCAGGAUAGAAGAGAAGGAAUCGCAAGAGUCCUGCUGAAAUACCUGAGGAAAUCUGUGCACCUCAUCAAUGGACCAGCUUGCAGGCAGGACAUCCACGAUGACAAUGACUGGCUUGCAAUCAACCUGGGUUCAUACUCCGAGUACACAACCUAUUCGGAUCUCAAAGACUUCAACAUCUCAGGGGUGGCAGUUCUAGACUCCCUCUCACCAAACCAGAAAGCUGAAUUGAUACUGGACCCAAGCACUGGCGCUCUGGAGAAUGAGACUCUUGUGAAGAACGUUUUCAUCAGCUUGCUGGAAUCUCCAAGGGAAGAGCAGCUCAAUGAGUUCUUUGUGACUUUUGUUGAAGUCACCAAGCAGGAAAACAUCACUAUCAUCACAAACACAGCCGUAAGAGACACAAUGCUAGACCUGACCUUGAUGGCUCUUGCUCCCAAAUUCGACGUUUUUGAGCCAAAAGACUUCCAGCUGUGGUUCCAAGUCAAUCUGGUUGUUCUGCUGGCCAGCUUCCAUCCUGGCAGAUUGGUUGAUAUCCCCCUAAACAUCACCUGUGAAUCCUACAAUGCCAUAUUUACGGGUCUCGACCAAAGUUUGGAAUCUCUUCCGCCUCACCUCUCACAGGGUGUAAAGGCAAGCUUGGAUGCACUGAUGAAGACAUUCCAACGUUGCUCAAGGCCUCCAGCUUUAAUUGUGUGCAAAGAAACAUUGGUCAAUGAGAAACAACUUUGUGCUGGAUUUAACAGCACACAACUGAAGCAACAAAUGUCGAUUGGGAAUUCCAAUGAAUCCCUUUGCAAUUUCAACAUCUCUGAAUAUGCCUGUUCCUCAACAACCAUUCUGUCAGCGGACAACUUGGUGACGAUCCUGAAAUGCCAAUUGUCCAGCAAAAAGACUUACUCAACAGAAAUGUGGAAGCUGUUCUUCCAAAACAAUGCUGCAAUUCUGGACCAGGCUCUUCUGGAUUACUCCAGCAUGAACCCCAACACCAGCAGUCCAGCUAUGCCAAAUGUCCUUGAUGCCAUUGGAGAUGUCAAACUCAACAACUUCAUGAAUGCACAGCUGAACAACGCCAGCUUCGUUGACAAGUUGUUCCAGAAGAUGCUCCGUCCAUUCUUGGCAUCUCCAUCUAGGAAUUUCCUCUCCUGUCUCAGCUCAAAGAACUUCAGUUGUCAGACCUACCAAAUUGUCAUUGAGACUCUAAGCAACCAAUCAGCCUCCAUGGACAGAGAGCAACAACGAGUGAUCUUCACUCAUUACAUCUAUCCAUUCCUUUCAAGAAAUGACUCAUCAGAUCCCGGCUGUGUCUCAAACACCAGUGGAAGCAUGGACUGGCUCCAGAGGAACUUUGGCAUCUUUUCUGUUUUUGCAGAACUGCAGGAGUUACAAGUCCUUAAUCCCGACUUCUCCAGCAAGGAAUCACUGUCGCUGCUUACCCCAACCCAAGUGGCACAAUUGACAUUGACCUCUGGGGCAUUGAAUGACACAGAUGACAUUAAACUUGUGUUUACGCGGCUGGAGGAAGGUGACGCUUUCAAAAAUGUUGACGAGUUUCUGACGCAACUGACCGCAAAGGAAGAGAUUCCUGACAUCCAUCCAGCCGUGAGAGAUGUGAUGAUGAAUCAGACGUUCAACAUCAUCAGCCUUCAAUUCCCAGAGUUCGAAACGCUGGACUGGAUUGCAUGGUUCGAAGUAAAGCUGAUUCCCAUCCUCCCCAGUUUGAAUGAAGUCAUGCUCACCAUUGCUACCUCAAACGUCAACUGCACCAACUACCAAGUCAUUGUAAAUGGAAUGGACAGAGCUUUCCCUGAAAUGACUCAGGAUAGAAGAGAAGGAAUCGCAAGAGUCCUGCUGAAAUACCUGAGGAAAUCUGUGCACCUCAUCAAUGGACCAGCUUGCAGGCAGGACAUCCACGAUGACAAUGACUGGCUUGCAAUCAACCUGGGUUCAUACUCCGAGUACACAACCUAUUCGGAUCUCAAAGACUUCAACAUCUCAGGGGUGGCAGUUCUAGACUCCCUCUCACCAAACCAGAAAGCUGAAUUGAUACUGGACCCAAGCACUGGCGCUCUGGAGAAUGAGACUCUUGUGAAGAACGUUUUCAUCAGCUUGCUGGAAUCUCCAAGGGAAGAGCAGCUCAAUGAGUUCUUUGUGACUUUUGUUGAAGUCACCAAGCAGGAAAACAUCACUAUCAUCACAAACACAGCCGUAAGAGACACAAUGCUAGACCUGACCUUGAUGGCUCUUGCUCCCAAAUUCGACGUUUUUGAGCCAAAAGACUUCCAGCUGUGGUUCCAAGUCAAUCUGGUUGUUCUGCUGGCCAGCUUCCAUCCUGGCAGAUUGGUUGAUAUCCCCCUAAACAUCACCUGUGAAUCCUACAAUGCCAUAUUUACGGGUCUCGACCAAAGUUUGGAAUCUCUUCCGCCUCACCUCUCACAGGGUGUAAAGGCAAGCUUGGAUGCACUGAUGAAGACAUUCCAACGUUGCUCAAGGCCUCCAGCUUUAAUUGUGUGCAAAGAAACAUUGGUCAAUGAGAAACAACUUUGUGCUGGAUUUAACAGCACACAACUGAAGCAACAAAUGUCGAUUGGGAAUUCCAAUGAAUCCCUUUGCAAUUUCAACAUCUCUGAAUAUGCCUGUUCCUCAACAACCAUUCUGUCAGCGGACAACUUGGUGACGAUCCUGAAAUGCCAAUUGUCCAGCAAAAAGACUUACUCAACAGAAAUGUGGAAGCUGUUCUUCCAAAACAAUGCUGCAAUUCUGGACCAGGCUCUUCUGGAUUACUCCAGCAUGAACCCCAACACCAGCAGUCCAGCUAUGCCAAAUGUCCUUGAUGCCAUUGGAGAUGUCAAACUCAACAACUUCAUGAAUGCACAGCUGAACAACGCCAGCUUCGUUGACAAGUUGUUCCAGAAGAUGCUCCGUCCAUUCUUGGCAUCUCCAUCUAGGAAUUUCCUCUCCUGUCUCAGCUCAAAGAACUUCAGUUGUCAGACCUACCAAAUUGUCAUUGAGACUCUAAGCAACCAAUCAGCCUCCAUGGACAGAGAGCAACAACGAGUGAUCUUCACUCAUUACAUCUAUCCAUUCCUUUCAAGAAAUGACUCAUCAGAUCCCGGCUGUGUCUCAAACACCAGUGGAAGCAUGGACUGGCUCCAGAGGAACUUUGGCAUCUUUUCUGUUUUUGCAGAACUGCAGGAGUUACAAGUCCUUAAUCCCGACUUCUCCAGCAAGGAAUCACUGUCGCUGCUUACCCCAACCCAAGUGGCACAAUUGACAUUGACCUCUGGGGCAUUGAAUGACACAGAUGACAUUAAACUUGUGUUUACGCGGCUGGAGGAAGGUGACGCUUUCAAAAAUGUUGACGAGUUUCUGACGCAACUGACCGCAAAGGAAGAGAUUCCUGACAUCCAUCCAGCCGUGAGAGAUGUGAUGAUGAAUCAGACGUUCAACAUCAUCAGCCUUCAAUUCCCAGAGUUCGAAACGCUGGACUGGAUUGCAUGGUUCGAAGUAAAGCUGAUUCCCAUCCUCCCCAGUUUGAAUGAAGUCAUGCUCACCAUUGCUACCUCAAACGUCAACUGCACCAACUACCAAGUCAUUGUAAAUGGAAUGGACAGAGCUUUCCCUGAAAUGACUCAGGAUAGAAGAGAAGGAAUCGCAAGAGUCCUGCUGAAAUACCUGAGGAAAUCUGUGCACCUCAUCAAUGGACCAGCUUGCAGGCAGGACAUCCACGAUGACAAUGACUGGCUUGCAAUCAACCUGGGUUCAUACUCCGAGUACACAACCUAUUCGGAUCUCAAAGACUUCAACAUCUCAGGGGUGGCAGUUCUAGACUCCCUCUCACCAAACCAGAAAGCUGAAUUGAUACUGGACCCAAGCACUGGCGCUCUGGAGAAUGAGACUCUUGUGAAGAACGUUUUCAUCAGCUUGCUGGAAUCUCCAAGGGAAGAGCAGCUCAAUGAGUUCUUUGUGACUUUUGUUGAAGUCACCAAGCAGGAAAACAUCACUAUCAUCACAAACACAGCCGUAAGAGACACAAUGCUAGACCUGACCUUGAUGGCUCUUGCUCCCAAAUUCGACGUUUUUGAGCCAAAAGACUUCCAGCUGUGGUUCCAAGUCAAUCUGGUUGUUCUGCUGGCCAGCUUCCAUCCUGGCAGAUUGGUUGAUAUCCCCCUAAACAUCACCUGUGAAUCCUACAAUGCCAUAUUUACGGGUCUCGACCAAAGUUUGGAAUCUCUUCCGCCUCACCUCUCACAGGGUGUAAAGGCAAGCUUGGAUGCACUGAUGAAGACAUUCCAACGUUGCUCAAGGCCUCCAGCUUUAAUUGUGUGCAAAGAAACAUUGGUCAAUGAGAAACAACUUUGUGCUGGAUUUAACAGCACACAACUGAAGCAACAAAUGUCGAUUGGGAAUUCCAAUGAAUCCCUUUGCAAUUUCAACAUCUCUGAAUAUGCCUGUUCCUCAACAACCAUUCUGUCAGCGGACAACUUGGUGACGAUCCUGAAAUGCCAAUUGUCCAGCAAAAAGACUUACUCAACAGAAAUGUGGAAGCUGUUCUUCCAAAACAAUGCUGCAAUUCUGGACCAGGCUCUUCUGGAUUACUCCAGCAUGAACCCCAACACCAGCAGUCCAGCUAUGCCAAAUGUCCUUGAUGCCAUUGGAGAUGUCAAACUCAACAACUUCAUGAAUGCACAGCUGAACAACGCCAGCUUCGUUGACAAGUUGUUCCAGAAGAUGCUCCGUCCAUUCUUGGCAUCUCCAUCUAGGAAUUUCCUCUCCUGUCUCAGCUCAAAGAACUUCAGUUGUCAGACCUACCAAAUUGUCAUUGAGACUCUAAGCAACCAAUCAGCCUCCAUGGACAGAGAGCAACAACGAGUGAUCUUCACUCAUUACAUCUAUCCAUUCCUUUCAAGAAAUGACUCAUCAGAUCCCGGCUGUGUCUCAAACACCAGUGGAAGCAUGGACUGGCUCCAGAGGAACUUUGGCAUCUUUUCUGUUUUUGCAGAACUGCAGGAGUUACAAGUCCUUAAUCCCGACUUCUCCAGCAAGGAAUCACUGUCGCUGCUUACCCCAACCCAAGUGGCACAAUUGACAUUGACCUCUGGGGCAUUGAAUGACACAGAUGACAUUAAACUUGUGUUUACGCGGCUGGAGGAAGGUGACGCUUUCAAAAAUGUUGACGAGUUUCUGACGCAACUGACCGCAAAGGAAGAGAUUCCUGACAUCCAUCCAGCCGUGAGAGAUGUGAUGAUGAAUCAGACGUUCAACAUCAUCAGCCUUCAAUUCCCAGAGUUCGAAACGCUGGACUGGAUUGCAUGGUUCGAAGUAAAGCUGAUUCCCAUCCUCCCCAGUUUGAAUGAAGUCAUGCUCACCAUUGCUACCUCAAACGUCAACUGCACCAACUACCAAGUCAUUGUAAAUGGAAUGGACAGAGCUUUCCCUGAAAUGACUCAGGAUAGAAGAGAAGGAAUCGCAAGAGUCCUGCUGAAAUACCUGAGGAAAUCUGUGCACCUCAUCAAUGGACCAGCUUGCAGGCAGGACAUCCACGAUGACAAUGACUGGCUUGCAAUCAACCUGGGUUCAUACUCCGAGUACACAACCUAUUCGGAUCUCAAAGACUUCAACAUCUCAGGGGUGGCAGUUCUAGACUCCCUCUCACCAAACCAGAAAGCUGAAUUGAUACUGGACCCAAGCACUGGCGCUCUGGAGAAUGAGACUCUUGUGAAGAACGUUUUCAUCAGCUUGCUGGAAUCUCCAAGGGAAGAGCAGCUCAAUGAGUUCUUUGUGACUUUUGUUGAAGUCACCAAGCAGGAAAACAUCACUAUCAUCACAAACACAGCCGUAAGAGACACAAUGCUAGACCUGACCUUGAUGGCUCUUGCUCCCAAAUUCGACGUUUUUGAGCCAAAAGACUUCCAGCUGUGGUUCCAAGUCAAUCUGGUUGUUCUGCUGGCCAGCUUCCAUCCUGGCAGAUUGGUUGAUAUCCCCCUAAACAUCACCUGUGAAUCCUACAAUGCCAUAUUUACGGGUCUCGACCAAAGUUUGGAAUCUCUUCCGCCUCACCUCUCACAGGGUGUAAAGGCAAGCUUGGAUGCACUGAUGAAGACAUUCCAACGUUGCUCAAGGCCUCCAGCUUUAAUUGUGUGCAAAGAAACAUUGGUCAAUGAGAAACAACUUUGUGCUGGAUUUAACAGCACACAACUGAAGCAACAAAUGUCGAUUGGGAAUUCCAAUGAAUCCCUUUGCAAUUUCAACAUCUCUGAAUAUGCCUGUUCCUCAACAACCAUUCUGUCAGCGGACAACUUGGUGACGAUCCUGAAAUGCCAAUUGUCCAGCAAAAAUACUUACUCAACAGAAAUGUGGAAGCUGUUCUUCCAAAACAAUGCUGCAAUUCUGGACCAGGCUCUUCUGGAUUACUCCAGCAUGAACCCCAACACCAGCAGUCCAGCUAUGCCAAAUGUCCUUGAUGCCAUUGGAGAUGUCAAACUCAACAACUUCAUGAAUGCACAGCUGAACAACGCCAGCUUCGUUGACAAGUUGUUCCAGAAGAUGCUCCGUCCAUUCUUGGCAUCUCCAUCUAGGAAUUUCCUCUCCUGUCUCAGCUCAAAGAACUUCAGUUGUCAGACCUACCAAAUUGUCAUUGAGACUCUAAGCAACCAAUCAGCCUCCAUGGACAGAGAGCAACAACGAGUGAUCUUCACUCAUUACAUCUAUCCAUUCCUUUCAAGAAAUGACUCAUCAGAUCCCGGCUGUGUCUCAAACACCAGUGGAAGCAUGGACUGGCUCCAGAGGAACUUUGGCAUCUUUUCUGUUUUUGCAGAACUGCAGGAGUUACAAGUCCUUAAUCCCGACUUCUCCAGCAAGGAAUCACUGUCGCUGCUUACCCCAACCCAAGUGGCACAAUUGACAUUGACCUCUGGGGCAUUGAAUGACACAGAUGACAUUAAACUUGUGUUUACGCGGCUGGAGGAAGGUGACGCUUUCAAAAAUGUUGACGAGUUUCUGACGCAACUGACCGCAAAGGAAGAGAUUCCUGACAUCCAUCCAGCCGUGAGAGAUGUGAUGAUGAAUCAGACGUUCAACAUCAUCAGCCUUCAAUUCCCAGAGUUCGAAACGCUGGACUGGAUUGCAUGGUUCGAAGUAAAGCUGAUUCCCAUCCUCCCCAGUUUGAAUGAAGUCAUGCUCACCAUUGCUACCUCAAACGUCAACUGCACCAACUACCAAGUCAUUGUAAAUGGAAUGGACAGAGCUUUCCCUGAAAUGACUCAGGAUAGAAGAGAAGGAAUCGCAAGAGUCCUGCUGAAAUACCUGAGGAAAUCUGUGCACCUCAUCAAUGGACCAGCUUGCAGGCAGGACAUCCACGAUGACAAUGACUGGCUUGCAAUCAACCUGGGUUCAUACUCCGAGUACACAACCUAUUCGGAUCUCAAAGACUUCAACAUCUCAGGGGUGGCAGUUCUAGACUCCCUCUCACCAAACCAGAAAGCUGAAUUGAUACUGGACCCAAGCACUGGCGCUCUGGAGAAUGAGACUCUUGUGAAGAACGUUUUCAUCAGCUUGCUGGAAUCUCCAAGGGAAGAGCAGCUCAAUGAGUUCUUUGUGACUUUUGUUGAAGUCACCAAGCAGGUCAGUACAUCACUCUCUGGCUGGAAUGGACCUUGUACAGUGAGACCUGGCUCUCGACAAAGUCAUCUGACAAAACAAUCAGGAUGAAUGGAUGACCUCCUAAACCAUGAACCAUUUAUUUUCCA